AUGCCGCCCAGAGCUAUCUUCAGAAAUCACAGUGACGUGCAGCUGUUUGCAGCCUGGUUCAUCAUCGUAGUUAGCACAACAGUUGUCUUUUUGUUUAUCAAUAUAAUUGUACUUUGCCUGCGAAGCGACGAAUUCUGUAAGAAGUUAGGGAACCGAAAAUUUUUCCUUCGGCGGAAGAAGGUCAGCCGGAAAGAGAAACCGAAGGAGUUAAGUGUCGCCCAAGGAGAGUCAGCGUUAGAUACACUAGCAAAUGUGCCAUCCGUAACAGGCGACGUCGAGGGGAAACAAGAAGAAAUCCAGAAGAAACAGAAGGAAGACGCUAAAAAGGUAGCACCCAAAGAGGAAAGAAAAGUUGCUACAUCGGAAGGAAACGAGGAAACCAAAAACAAGCAACGGAAAGCUGUGAAAGAAGACUCAAUGAAGAAGCCGCAAGUCGCUUCGCCCAAAGUCAAAAAUGAAGCAACCAAAGAUGUAGAACCAGCAGCCGUCUUGGACGUUAUGAAAGACGAAGCAAAGAAAGAACCACAAGCCGCUCCACUGUAUGACAAGAAGGAGAAAGGUGAAAUAACCAAAGAUGAACAGAAGCAAGUCAUUCCAUCGGACAAUAAAAACGAUGCUUUAAAAGACGAAGUUCUGCGCGAUGGUCAGGCUGCUAAUAAACCAGACAGUCCAGCGAAUGUGGUCAUUAAAGGACACUCAAAGAAUUAA